AUGACAGUAUUAAUAUCUGUUUCUUCUAAAUCUCUACCACUUUCUUCAGGUUUGAUCGAGAUUUAUCCCUUGAAUCGCACCACUUUUGUGGACGCUACCCAGGUGAACUUGUCCAUAAUUCCGGACCCCGGCAACCUGGUGCAUGAGCAUCACUGGCUAGUCGUUAAAUGGGCCCAGGUUGGACAUAUCAUUUCUAAUCUCUCAUUGGGAAAAUCAGGUGAGGCCAAUUGGCAGCUGAUAUCCCGCAAUGAUUGGAUGGCAGCGGUGUCUGAAGAAAGUGGAUUUGCCGAUUCUGGACUGAACAAGUCAGCAACCGCUAUUAUUGGAAGAGCCGGACAGCCUACAUAUAAUCCAAAAUAUUACUUUGACCUACCGGGAAACAAUUUGAUCCAGAACAAAGUGAAUUCGAUUGAUGGAGACAUCCGACUAGCACGACGACUCGAGUUCGUGGAUGUAGGGACUCGAUUCCAAUUCUGGUGGAGGCGAGUAUCCACCUGGCCGCAAAAGAGUGAUCCAUCUAACUUGCCAGUUGCCAUGGCCUAUACUCUGGUGAGAGAACUAUAG